CUCUCCACAACAACCCCGACCAUCCUACCCCAACUUCGAAUUCACAUCGAAGUUCUUCCCGUCGUGUUUAUCGCGCGACUAUAACACUACAGCUCGUCUCUAGUACCGCAGCUGUCUUCACCGCCGCCAUGCAGCUCACCACCCUCUUGCUCGCCGCGCUAAGCGCCGUCUCUGUCUCUGCAUCGCCCUCAUGGAUGGGUGGCGACCAGGUCACGAUCCAGGAAGAGUACAAGGUCCCAGGCGACAACCCCUUGUAUUUCUGCGGUGACCCAGCCAACGAUCUUCUUAAGAUUGAGAAGGUUGACCUGAGCCCCAACCCACCCAAGCCCGGCGAGACGCUCAGCAUCAAGGCCACAGGCGACUUCAAGGAGGAAGUCGGUGAGGGCUUCACAAUGCACUUGCAAGUCAAGUACGGCAUCAUCACACUCAUCAACCAGAAUGCAGACGGCUGCGAAACGAUAAAGAAGGGCGAUCUCGAGUGCCCGCUUAAGAAGGGCGAGAUGAGCUUGACCAAGGAUGUUGACCUGCCCAGGGAGAUCCCUCCGGGCCAGUACACUGUUCUCGCAGACGUCCUUACCAAGGACGGCGACAAGAUUACUUGCCUGACCGCCAAGAUCGCUUUCCACCGGUAAAUUGCCUCACCUUCGUUUCGCCGCCACAACACACGACGAGCAGCGAUGGGAUCUGAUGUUCACACAUGUAGGGGAGAUACGGAGGACAGUAAUGCGGGCAGUGGUAGUAAAGUCAAGUUUGGACAGCCGAGAGUGCAAAUGUCUGGGCCCCUCGCCGGGCUUGUGCAAGAGCGAUUGAGGCGAAGGAACGAGCUGUAACCAAAUGUUGGCGAAUUGUUUUCAUGUCUUGAAUCACGAUACCAGUGCGAGGUUGGCUUUACUGUUUUGCGUGUGGAUUUGGACGUAGGGAUGGACCAUGGCUUAAUGUAGAUACGACGGACAUGCAUAUAUUCUGUGGCACGAUUGACUCUUUGACCCUGUUUUGUAAUGGAUAUCAUAUCUGCGCACGUUGAAUGUUGUAUGUACACA